CCUCGCUAUUUUAGAACUCAAUUGCUCCCAGCUAUUUUGCAUUCACCAGAAGCUGCGGAUCUUCCAAUCAAUUUACAGAAGGCUCGUAUAUGCCUUAUUGAUUCUCUUCGUGCUCAUUUGCCUCCUGGGGAAAUGGAAACCGCUAUUAACUCGGCCUCGUCAUUGGUAUCUACUCUUUCCAGCUGUCAAGACUCGAAGCUGGGUACAAGUUCGAGCAGCGUCUCUAGCCGAAAAAAAAGGAUGAAUAGUCGGGUUAGGCUGAAAACGAAAAUGCCUCGAGUUGGCACUGUUCGGCCAUUGAGAAGGGGAUCGAAUCAAUCACUUGCUGUCGAAACUGGAAGAGACGAAAGUGGCCAGUAA